UUACAAUACAAUUGAAGUUACGGGCGUAUGUAAAUGUGAUAGAAAAUCAUUGAAAAUGAAAUACGAAUAUACAAGUGAUUGUCAGCAAAUCGCUGAAAAGCAGCAAAAUUAUAGGAAUGCAGAGGUUACGCAUACUCCGCAAGCGUAUACGCACGAUUUCUCGAAUAUGAAAUGUGCAAAGGAAGUGCCAAAUAAUGCGGAAGAAGAGCAGCGUGAAAAUCAUAGAAACAACAAAGCCACCCUUGGUUCUGAUAGCAACGAACCCUCGGUGCGUUUGUUGCGCAUACGAAAGUCGGUCACCGGUUCGUGCGGUUUCAAUUUGACGCGCACCAAAUGGGACCCCUACCCGUGGGUGAGUGCGGUCGAUGCACAUACGGCGGCGGAAAUGAGCGGCCUGCAGGCGGGCGAUUGUGUUUUGGAGGUUAAUGGCGAAGACGUGUUGGGGCAGCGCAUAACGGAUAUUGCAAAAUUGGUCCAAGCCAAAUCAGGGCAUGUCACGUUGUUGAUCUGGAACUGUGGUAGUGAUUUCAAAUGUGACCCGGAGAGCAUUUGCUGUGCACCGAUGCCACGCACCCUGCAGCGUCUCGCCACCAUUGUGCAAUCCGUAUUGACCAUAAUCGAGUGUCCCGUCUGCAUGGACACCAUCACCCCACCGGCGAUGCAGUGCCAGAAUGGGCACUUGCUCUGUCUCAACUGCCGCAUACGUGCAGAAAAGUGUCCUGUCUGUCGGGAUCGCUACACGCCACAGCGCGCUUUAAUUGCCGAGCAAAUCUAUACAGCCAUCACGGGCGCAUACAAUUUGUGCAGCACCAAUGAAGACAAAUUGCGCCAGAAGCUUUUCGGAGAGGGAGCGCAAGUGAUGAGUCGGCGUUUGCGGCGCGCUGAAGCGGCCAAACAAAGCAUUGGCGAAGAGCGAGUGCAGGCGAAGAAGCGCUGGCGCAGGCGACAGACGCAAACAAAGGAGGGACAAUGUCAAAGUCAAGAUGUGGCGCCUGGUGGCGGACAGCCUGGGCAUUUUAGAUUUAGAACGGAGACAGAGGCCGCGACCAUUGACCGGGGCGCGGAGGCAGCAGUCACAGCUCCUAACGCAGAGGGCAGUGCCAGUGCGAGCGCAGUGAAGCGUGAGAGCAGCAGAAAAAAGAUUCUAAUGAAGUUAUGGCGUGGCAAAGCAGCGUCCAUGGAGAAUCUCUCCACAAGUGUUGCAGCGAAAACAAAAACGACUAGGAAUGGACAGUUGAGUAGCAGCCUUAUUGGGGCGGGUGGCGGUGUUAAUGGAUUGGCGUGUGCGGAUGGUGCAACGACCCCAGCGACUGGUAUGACAGUUAGAGCAGCGUGCCCCACACACACAUUGCAAUUAUCUUCAAAUCGAUCUGUUAACAAUGCCAUCGAGGAUGUGGAGCGAGUGCUAAAAGAUUCGCAAAACCACUCGACAUUGAGCGAGAACAAUAGCGCCGGGACACUUGGCUCCGACGAAGGUAUAACCACAACAGCCACAACAACAAUAACGGAAAUACCGGCGCGUACGCAGACGAUGACAAUGCCAUUGAAUUGUGCGACAGCAAAGAAAACAAUUUUAAAUUCAACAGCAACAAAUGAUGUUGCACACGUAAAUGCCAUGUCAAAGCUUUUAUCGGCAACGACACCGACUACAAAUGAUUUAUCGGCACUGCCGCAGUACGGUGCAACAUUUCAGCAACAGCAGAAACCAGCAGGCGAAAAGCGCCAGCUGGGAGAGGGAGAAGAAGCAGGGGAAGCACGAAAUGGAAAAAAUUCACCGCAACUGAUAUUGAGUACGUGGCAACAACAACAACAACAACAGUAUUUAACUGGUUGCAGCAAAUGUGUUGGCGUAGCAGAAGUGCUAACAUAUUCCCCUCCAACACCCUCAACACCCCCACCAAGCAACAUCAACACCGUGAAACGUUGUCCGUUUUGGCAGCGCAGCCCGCAACCGCCUCAAAGCGCUUUUGCCAGCUACAACAACAGCAAUUAUGAAAACUGCAGCUGUCCAUCAUCGGCACUGCGCUCUGUGGACAAACAACGUUCCAGCGGUCACACGUUGAGCCGUUCCAUUGAAUAUUUAAACAAAAGCUGCUGGCAAACAGCAACAGCUUCCUUGUCUCCUACUAUGAAUUUGAAGAUGUGCUGCAAUAGCAAUUCAACAAACAACCGAAAGAGCUCCUCCACCUCCACCUCCUCCUCCUCCUCCUCCUCCUCCUCCUCCUCCUCCUCCUCCAAUGGCAGCAGCAACAACAACAACAGCAGCAGCAACAGCAGCGACAUCGUUGACUCAUCACAUUCGAUUCUAACACCUGCAUCCUCAAUCUCUUCCGGUGUAUUCUCCAGCUCACUGGACCCAAACGAUUUAGCUGCAACAAUUGAACAGCACAGAAGGCAGCAAAAACAUACAAAAAUUACUACCAUUACCGUAAACAAAAAUGCGCUGCUAUCUCCAAUGACCAGCUUGGGGCAACCAUCGUCAAUAACUUCGUCAUUGCGUUCGUUAUCGUCCCUGGCGUCAUCAUCGUUUUCAUCAGCAUCAGCAUCCGACGAAUCGCCGCUACCUUCAAUGGCUGAUGUGCCCGCUGAAGCGUAUCAACCUGCCGCUGCUACUUCCAUUAAUUCUUCAUUCAGCUCUGACCCUCCGUCCGCUGCUGUAAUGACACUCACGUCAUCAGUGUCGUCGUUGUCUUCAACGCCAUCUGAUUUGUCCCCUUCGAAAUCGACUUCAUUGUGCCGUAAGUCUCGUAAAGCUGCAACGCACUAUCGAUGUCCCUUUGACGAUUGCAAUGGUAUUUUUAAUGCAUCAUCACUUUUACAGCGACAUGUCAAGGUGGCGCAUCGCCUGCCCAUAUUGAAUUUUGGUGGCGAAGAGGGCGCGCAUAUCGCAGUGCCGCUGAGCCAGCCAGUCGCUGAUGCGGUACUCAUAUUGGAAGCAUGCAAAAACGAAAGCACAAAUAACAGCAGCAGCAGCAGCAACAACAACAACCAACACUAUAACAAUGAAAACAACAAUAACAACAGCAAUACUAACACUAAGAGCAACUGCAAUGAGGACAAUGCGUUCAGUGAUGCGUGUGGACGAGCGGCUCAUAAGAGGAGCAGCGUGAACUACGACGACGGCGAGUCAUACGCCAUCGAUAGCCAGAAUGAGCACAAAGGCGUGGAGAAGGCCAGCAGGCACACAGCGGAGGAGGCGCACUCAAAGCAUAUUGAGAAGCAACUGGAGCAAACUAGGGAAUGUUGGAUUAGAUUAAAAGCGCAUGAUAAUUCCAUCCAUGCCACAGCGUUGUUGCAAGCAACCGCAGCGGAAAGUGCUGAUUAUGUGUUGAAAAUGCGAUUAAAUGGCAUUGGUGACACGACACUGGUGCCGGGCAAAGAAGCGCAAAUGGUGGCGAUUGAGCUGCAACUACAACAGUGGCCGCCGCCGCUGCCAACAACAGUCACAGCACAAUGGUCGGCGAGCAGCGCCGUGGCCGAACCCAAAGGAACCACAACAAAAUAGUGACAGCCACUACAACAACAAGCACAAGCGACAUCAAAGUGCAACCACAACAACGACAACAACAACAGCGCAAGCACUAACGCCAUUUACUUGCAGCAGCAAUAGCUUGGCCGCAGCUUGAAACCACAUUGGCGGCAAGCAUGAGUCACCAACAGCAACAACAACAAUGCCACUUGGCAGGCGUAGAGCAACGAGGUCAAUAAAUAGGACUACCUACCUACCAGGCCAACGAGGUUUAGCGAUUAUACAUGGAAAAACAACUACAGCUAUGACAUUAGCAUUAGCGCAAACAACAACAAUGGCGCUGCUAGUCCAGGUCAAACAAAGCGUGGCGUAGUUGCACUUGCGUCGGACAUAUUCCGUAAUUAUGUUGGGCGCGCUGGGCAAAUGAAGUAAGAAUACAAAAUAAAGGAAUGAGCGACAUAAAAUAAAAAUUAAAUAUCUCAGCAAAAUUUGCUGAUUAAAGGAAGUGGAAACAUUAUGUUAAUAGUGUUUAAGAAGUGAAAGCUGGAUUUCAUUUAAAAUUAUCUAUUUAAGAAAAUGUAAGUUCCAAAUAAAAUGGAUAUGCAAUUUUGAAUUUCA